AUGCACACCGCCUGCAGCACAAGCAGCAGCAGCAGCAGCAGAAAGAGCAGCAGCAGCAGCAGCAGCAGGAGCGGCCGGUCAGUAGCAUCAGUUGCAGCACCAUUUCCAACGGCAGCAGCAGCAGAAGCAGCAACAGCAAAGGCUUUGACGCUGUCCACAGGAGCGUCUACUGCACCGCACAGCAGCAGCAGCAGCAGCAACAGCAGCAGCAGCAGCAGCAACUGCAGCAGCAACAAGGAAAACAACAGCAAUAAAGACGUAGUGGUUUACUGUGCUCCGUUCUUGCUUUUGAUGGACAGGCGGCGGGGGUUUGGGGGGAGGGAAGCUGCUGAGGAGCGCAGCAGCAGCCACGCGAACUUCAGGGGUGCCCAUUGA